AUGGCGAUUCCGUCUACCCACAAGGUUGCGGUGGUUGUGAGAAAGAACGGAUCGUACGAUUUCGAAGUCAAAACCAGCAAUGUUCCAGAACUACAGCCGACAGAUCUGCUGGUGCGACUUUCGGUGUCUGGAGUCUGUGGUUCUGACUUCCACCUUGCAGCGGGGCAUUCGGGCCCAACACGAGACAUUCUUGGUCAUGAGGGCGUUGGUCGCGUUGUGAAGAUCGGCUCGGCGGUCCCAGACUCACAGGCGCACAUCGGGGACAGAGUAGGGAUUGCUUGGGUGAGGGAUAUCUGUGAGAAGUGCAUCUUCUGUAGGACUCCCGGUGGCGAGGGCCAUUGCCUUGCGAUGCUGUGCUCUGGGCUGAAGCGAGACGGCACCUUCGCAGAAUACGCCAUUGUGCCCUCUCGCUUCAUAGUUCGGAUUCCGGAGGGUGUGUCCGACCACCUGGUGGCGCCGAUCCUUUGCGGCGGCGUCACUGCUUACAAGGCCCUCAAAGUCAGUGGUGCUUCUCAAGAGCAGUGGGUUGCGAUAUCUGGGGCCGGCGGUGGCCUCGGGUCGCUGGGUGUUCAAUAUGCCAAAGCAAUGGGAUUCCGCGUGGUCGCGAUUGACGUGGGAGAAGCGAAACGGGAGUACAGCCUUCAGAUGGGUGCAGAUGCAUUCUUUGACGGAGGUGAGCUCGAUGUGUCUGCCGUGAAGGACCUCACUGGCGGCGGAGCAGCAGCAGUGAUAGUGACGGCCAACGCAAUUCAAGCAUACCAAGCAGCUCUAGACCUGGUUGCUCCAUAUGGAUCUUAUGUCUGUGUGGGACUCACUCCGCCUGGCAAGCAGGUUGGCUUCGACCCCAUCACCCUGGUCAGCAAAAAUAUCCGACUCAUGGGAUCUGCAGUCGGCACGCGGGAGGACAUCUGGGAGGCGAUUGAAUUCGUUGCACGAGGCCAGGUCAAGCCCAAGGUGGAAAUGGCUGUGUUGGAGGACCUUCCUCAGAUUUCAAAGAACUUCGGACAAGUGAGUGACGAGCAGAUGAGAGGAAUCCCCUUCUCCCUUCUGACAGAUACUAACUCGAGAGAUCAGACGCUUGGGAAACGUGUCAUCCGACAUUGUGAUGAGGAUAUCUCAGCCUGA